ACAGUCCCACUGCUAGAUAGUAGAUACAUCAAAAUCAAAUUGUUGCAGCGAACCUAACACUAAAAGAUCAUACAAUCCUUCAUCUCUCUCUCUCUCUCUCUCUCUCUCUCUCUCUCUCUCUUCACUCUGUUUUUGGGGUUAGAUCUUUUGUACUGAAAACUUUUGAGCUUUGUUUGAGUUUUGAGAGAUUGAUAUUUAUCGGGAGUGGAGUAGUAUUCAGAAUCGAUCAUAAAAGGCGAUGUUUUUGUUUGAUUGGUUUUAUGGGAUUCUAGCAUCGCUUGGGUUGUGGCAAAAGGAGGCCAAGAUCUUAUUCUUAGGUCUCGAUAAUGCCGGAAAGACUACCUUGCUUCAUAUGCUCAAAGAUGAGAGAUUAGUCCAGCAUCAGCCAACACAGUAUCCAACAUCGGAGGAGUUGAGUAUUGGGAAGAUCAAGUUUAAAGCUUUUGAUCUCGGGGGUCACCAGAUUGCUCGAAGAGUCUGGAAAGAUUACUAUGCCAAGGUAGAUGCAGUGGUCUACUUGGUUGAUGCUUAUGACAAGGAAAGAUUUGCUGAGUCAAAAAAAGAGCUAGAUGCUCUCCUCUCUGAUGAUUCUCUGGCUACUGUCCCUUUCCUUAUUCUUGGGAACAAGAUCGACAUUCCAUAUGCUGCCUCAGAAGAAGAGUUGCGUUACCAUUUGGGCCUGAUCAAUUUCACAACAGGCAAGGGUAAGGUAAAUUUGUCAGAUUCUAAUGUCCGUCCUAUGGAGGUAUUCAUGUGCAGUAUUGUGAAGAAAAUGGGUUACGGAGAUGGUUUCAAAUGGCUCUCUCAAUACAUUAAAUAGUUCAUUAGUAUUUAGUAAAAUAUAGCUUGGUAUCUCAUUAGAAGUUUAUUCCUGUAGUUAUGAAUUGUAGGUGUUCUUAGUUCAAAUAGCUGUGAGAGAAAUUGCAGUAUAUUUCAGAUAUAUUUUUUGCGAUAAUGACUGAGACACCGCUCCCUCUUUCAUUAAUCCAUCGUAUCAUUUGCUCCGAAGAAA